AUGGCGGAACAGAUUUAUCAGGAAGAUUCUCGUCGAAAGAAACUUGCCAGGCGUUUGACCAUUCUGUUAACGCUGUGCUCAUGUAUACUAGCACUUGUCUUCUGUGGUAUAAAGUCAGCUACCAAUCCAAAUGUCAAUUUCUUGACCGCUAAUCUAGUCAUCUCCUCUUUGCUCGCAUUAGUAAUUGUAUUCUGGUAUUACCGUGGAAUAAUAGGCUCGGAAAAGUCAUGGUAUAUAUGGUUUAUUUGUUUCCUCUUCCUUUUCCAAAGCAUCACUAUCGAUAUCUUUGUUUGGCAUCAUGCUCCCAAAAGUAACAGCACUGUGCACCCUACUCAUUCGAUGCCAACUACAAUGAAUCCACAUCACACUGGCCAUCAUGGAAAUACUACCGGCCAUGCAACUGGUACUGCAGCUACUGGCACUGGAACCCCAGCUGCUGGCACUGGCACACAUGCAGCUCACACUACUCACGGGCGCUAA